AUGUUGGCAAGCCUUCGCUGUCGUCCACCAGGUUGUGGACGCGCCCGAAGGGAGGGUUCUAUUGAAGAGUUGGACAUUGAGAGAGAUGUCGGGGCAACAGUCUACCCAUCUGACCUGUCGGCCAAAGACAGACCUUCCAUGACUUGUGGCCUUGGACCUGUCUGUCGAUUCUCUGCACCAUCCUUUGGUGAAGAACUGCUGAAUCCUGGGGACACGGUGCCGUACCAAGCAACCAAUUCAGCAUCCCUUCAGCCAAAGAUAGCCCACCCAACUUUUGCAGCAUCUGCAACUCCCUACAUUGAAUUGGAAGGAGAAGAGUCUCUAGAGUCUCCAGGGCAUGAAGCUGAGAAGCUCGUGCAAGAUUUGGCUCACGUCAAACAAAGCGUAGGUUAUCUUAACAAAUUAGUGACCUUGCUUACAAUCGUAGCUCUUCUUUCAACCACUGGCUUGCUGACACUCCUCUACAGCAACCUUAGCCUGCCCAACCAGAUCCUGGCCAAGAGAUAUGCGCUUCUUGCGACAAUCCCCAUUGUUGCAUUGCUUUUCACCUGGUUUCAUAUUUGGUUGGCGAUCCAAAUGAUGUUUUUGCCUGUUGAGUUCUUUGGGCUCUGGCAAUAUCAAUCAUCUGGCAUGGGCAUUGGAUGGCAAGGCCUGGUGCCAAGAAAGUGUGAGAAAAUGGCUCGAAUGUCCUACAAAUGCGCCAGACCCUUCUUAGAGGGACCUCGAGACUGGCUCAGCCGAGUAGACCCCAAGAGGCUGGUGAGCGAAGUGAGAUCCGAGCUUCGAGUUGUCAUUGACAAUGCGAUGGCACAUGUGCUUAAAAAGUACUUACCACGAACUGAUAACAGAAUGCCCUCCUCCAUACGAACGAGUAUGACAGAACAGGCAUUGGAUAAGAUUCAAGAAACAGCACCCGAGCUGUGGAAAAACUUCACGAAUCUCUUGUGCAACGAUGAAUUUGGCAUUGACAAUGACGGGAUGAUCGUCAAAGUCUUCACGGAGAACAAGGAAUUGCUCAAUUUUUGA